GCGUGGAGGAGCCGGGCGGCCGGGGAGGCCGCUCCGUGGGCAAGGGCUGCGGCGCGCCGAGCGGCUGGGCCCAGCGACGGCGCGGAUGGAGGACUCGCCGCUGUUCUGCGUGGCCGAGGAGCGCAGCGGCCACUGCGCCGUGGUGGACGGAAACUUCCUCUACGUGUGGGGGGGCUACGUGUCUAUUGAAGACAAUGAAGUGUAUUUGCCUAAUGAUGAAAUUUGGACCUAUGAUAUUGAUAGUGGGUUGUGGACAAUGCACCUCAUGGAAGGAGAGCUCCCCACCUCUAUGUCAGGAAGUUGCGGUGCUUGCAUUAACGGGAAGCUGUACGUUUUUGGAGGAUAUGAUGACAAAGGCUACAGCAAUCGACUUUAUUUUGUUAAUUUGCGAACCAGAGAUGGAACCUACAUUUGGGAAAAAAUCACCAACUUUGAAGGAAAACCACCCACACCACGUGAUAAACUUUCUUGCUGGGUAUAUAAAGACAGAUUAAUAUAUUUUGGUGGCUAUGGGUGUAGGAGACACAAUGAACUCCAAGACUGUUUUGAUGUUCAUGAUGCAUCUUGGGAAGAACAGAUAUUCUGGGGAUGGCAUAAUGAUGUUCAUGUAUUUGACACAAAGACACAGAGUUGGUUUCAACCAGAAAUUAAAGGCGGUGUUCCACCACAGCCUCGAGCUGCACAUGCGUGUGCAGUGCUUGGAAGUAAGGGCUAUGUUUUUGGCGGACGUGUUUUGCAAACUAGAAUGAAUGAUUUACACUAUCUAAACUUAGAUACCUGGACUUGGUCUGGAAGGAUUCCUAUUAAUGGAGAAAACCCAAAACAUCGAUCAUGGCAUACUUUAACACCAAUAGCUGAUGAUAAGCUUUUCUUAUUUGGUGGACUUAGUGCGGACAAUAUUCCAUUAAGUGAUGGUUGGAUUCAUAAUGUCGUAACAAAUCAUUGGAAACAACUGACAUAUUUACCUAAAACAAGACCCAGGUUAUGGCACACAGCCUGUUUGGGAAAAGAAAAUGAAAUAAUGGUAUUUGGUGGGAGCAAAGAUGAUUUACUUUCCUUGGAUACAGGUCACUGUAAUGAUUUAUUGAUCUUUCAAACACAGCCUUAUUCACUACUCAGGUCAUGCCUUGACUGCAUUGGUAAAAAUGCUAUAAUUUUAGAAAGUCAAAUAUCUUUAUUGCCUCCUAAACUUUUGCAACAAGUACUCAAAAAAAUCACAUUCUGGACUGCAGCUAGCCACCGAGAAGAACAAAGAGCCCAAAAAGAAGAGACAGAAAAUAAGUAUCAGUGGAUCAGUAACAAUUAAGUUGUUAUAUACUCUAUAUAUUUAAUAUGUUUAAACCAUUUUAAUCAGACUGUAUAUUUACUCCCCCCAUAUUGUAGGCUUUAUUUAGAAAAUAAAAUCUGAAGCAAAAAUGCUAUGUUAAAGUGGUUACAUGGAAUGGAGUGUAUGGGAAUGAGAUGUUAAUGGCAGAGUAAUUUAUAUUUCAAAAAUAAUUUCCUUAUAAUCUGCAGAAAAAUAUACUUUCUGAAAGUAAGUCCAAUUGUAGGAGAUAUUAACUCACUGUGUACUCAUUGCUGGAAAUAUACAAAUUUGAGGAAAUAAGAAAUUACCCAAGGAC